CUAGGCAUGAAGUGGCACGUGAUCUUUUUCUUCGUCGUCCUAUUUUGCAUUGGAAUUUUUGACACAGAGGCUGCUUGCAAGAAACCUCCAAAAAGAAGGGGAAGGGGAAAGCGUGCUGCCGACGCUGAACAAAAAACAGUUGGACGUAUCAACAGGAAAUACAUAGGAGACCAGGAGAUUAUUGAAAUUGAGGAUAUGACCUCUCUUCCUGAAAAUUUCUAAUUCUUCGCCUGAAAAAUAGCAUUGAAGUAAAAU